GAAAAUGAAAAUAAAAAAAUACCACCUGACGAUGUAGAAGUUGGAACAAUAGGAAUUUCAGUCUAUAAAGAAUAUUUGAAUGCUGGAUCAAGUUUUCUCUUCAGGAUAUUGUUAUUACUAAUGCUAGUUGUAGCACAAUCCAUUACAAAUGGCAGCGAUUACUGGCUAAUCAAAUGGUUGUAUAACAAACGGAUCUAUACAAAAAAUGUAAAUAAUGUUGAAAAUCUGAAAUUUAAUUCAACAAUAUUUAACAAUAGUGAAGAUCAAGGUUUAUAUUAUAGUGACAAAUAUAAUGUAUAUGUUUACUUUGGACUAAUAUGUGUAGUAUUAUUUACGAUGAUACUUUCUGGAUUACUAUUGUAUAAUUUUUUCAUUGCUGCAUCUUUGAAGCUGCACAAGAAUAUGUUUCAAUGUAUUAUUCGAACUCCAAUUUCAUUUUUGGAUAAAAUUCCUGUUGGAAAUGUUCUAAAUCGAUUUUCGAAGGAUGUGAAUAACGUAGAUGACAUUUUACCUAACAAUGCUCACCAAUUGUUGAAAGUAAGUUUACAUAAUUUUAUAUAUUUAAAUUUGUGUAAAAUGAAUCUUAAAUAAUAAACAUCUCAGCGGGAUAUGCAGUUACUAAACUGUAUUUAGGAAUUUCAUAGCCUGUAUUUUGUUACAGCAUCG